UAACAGUCAUUGCUGGCUCUGACAGCGGACAAAGUGAAACAAUAUGUUAAUAUCACAGCUGACUUCACAGUUACUGAAGGCUUCACGAAUUGCAGGCCACCUUUUGCCAAGGUCAGUGUCUUCCUUUCUUUGCUAUCAUUCUACAUCUGUGCACUAUUGCACACAGCCAUCUAACAAGAGUGGAGCCCAACCUCAGCGGUGGUAUGCUCUGGACCCUGAACUGGAAGAGAUGCUGAUCCCCAGAAAACUUUCCAUCAGCCCCUUAGAAAGCUGGCUGACGGUUAGGUACUCCCUUCCUAAAGCAGAAGUCCUUAAUGCUCAGGAAGAUGUGGGCUAUGAACCUCUCCAGCAAUAUGACUGUCCCCCAUCUGGUGAGGGAGCUGAUGUGGAGGAAGGAGAAGGAACGCUUAGCAACAAGCUUCAAUGUAAGAAUGUUUUGAAGAUUCGCAGAAGGAAAAUGAAUCGGCACAAGUUCAAAAAGCUGCUAAAGCGCAGAAAGUUUGUACGGAGGAAGAUAAAGGAAGGUCGCAAGAAGAAACGUCAGAUAAAAUUUGAGAGUGACUUGGAGCGCAUCUGGAAAAGAGCUGGUUUGAAAAAUCCUCCUGCAGGAUGGCAAACACCCAAGAUAUUUCUGAAGAGUUCAAAGCGAUAAAAACACUUGUAAUGAGUUUUAACCUGUGACUGUAAUUAAAAAAAUAUUUAAGUACAUGGAUUACAUUUAACCUUUUUCUGAGUGUGAUGAAAUUAAUAGGAGGAGACUUUCAAUCUUGGUGAACAGUUCUCCAGGGACAAACCUGACAGCAAUAUGCUUUUCCUCCCCAGAAGAACAGUGUGAGCUCUUGUAUAGUGACGUGGCACUGCUGUUUACAGUCCUGUGCUGCUGCUCCCAACUAUGUCUGAGCAAAAGUGUCUUGGACUGCAACUGAAUUUCUCAAGUUGCUAUUUAAGAUUAGACUGAACGAUGUACUGUAAGAACAAUCAGUUGUGGGAGUUGGGAUAAGUGAAAGAAUUCUAAUUCUAUAUAAGACAAGCAUUUUGAAAAGUUCUUUCAAAAUUGCAUUCUUUCGUAGCCUUACUAUAGAAGGGCUGGUUAAGAGUUAUGGUGACAUAUGAAUUGGAUCAGAAUUUCAUAGAAUAUAUCUGCAAAAGCUUUAAUUUUCACUUACCUGAAGCCUUGGUGUGCAUAUGCCUUAGGCAUUGCAUGAGCGUCCUUAAAAGGCUUAUUUUCUUUUCUGUUUUGUGCUAAUAAAAAAGUUGUUGCUUUUUUUUCUACGAUAGACCCAUGUCAUACAGAACAUUUGGAUAUUGGUAUCAAUAAAAGUUUAGAGCUAAUUGCUCAUUAAUUACAAAAA